AUGAAUGUUGAUCUCUUUGAAUUAGUAGACGAUGUGCUGGAAGAAGCACAUGCUGAUAUAUUAAAGGAUGGGAAUCUAGAGAUCUACGAGUCCAAAGAAUUGCAGGAUCAAAGCGAUCAAAGCGACUUACAAUCUCACAUGGAUCAGGAGGAUACUGAGGAAGAUGCGGCAGAUUACCAGUUAUCGAGGGCAGUGUUUGAAAACCAAACUUUGGAAAAUAGCAGAUCUGAUUUCUCGAAUAACCUAAGUCGGACAGCGGCGGCCACUUUCGGCACUAGUUAUGUGGAAGAAGAGAACGUUGCUGUGAGACUUGCACGCAUUCGAAGGGAACUCGAGGAAAUUGAGAUGAUGAAGGGCAACGAAUUGGAUAGUGAGGUAUCUACUGCUGAGACCAAGCUCUUAAGAGGGCUCUCUAAUCAAUUGAAUGAGAAACUUGGCCGACAAACUGACAAUAUCCAACAACGUCUUCAAAUAGACUCUACAGAGGAGCCAAAUUUUGCUAAGCUACCCGAUUUCUCGCUGAACUUCGAGAACGGUCAGCGUAUAAUGCGAUUGGAGGCCCAGAUAGCCAAACUGGAGAGUCUUGUUGGUAUCAGUGACUCACACGCCGCCAACAAACCGUUGACAACAUCACUGAAUGAGCUUUAUCGCGACAUUCGACUACUCAAGGGCGAUACAGCACAUUUGGGGCAGUUCAAGACAAAACUCGCCGAGAUAAGCGAUGAAUACGAGAAGAGACUACUGGCCAGAAAGGCUUCUAAUGAUUUGGCAAUGCAGGCACAGAUCCAAGACGAUCUGAAAUCUCAAGAUUUCAAAAUCAAGAGCCUCUACGACUCAUACGACGUUCUCAUAAAAUACAAAGAGGUACUGCCGCAUCUCGUCACCCGCUUGAAAGCCUUGAAUUCGCUUCACCUUAAAAUUGACGAUACCGUCGGCACCGUCAAGACGAUGGGCAAGUCACUAAAUUGGGUUUCCGAUCAGACCACGAAAUGGCAACAGAUGUUAGAGCAAAUGGACCAAAAGCUUAGCGCAAACGAGGAACAGUCUAAAAAAAACAUGCAAGAGGUCACAGAUUGGUUGAACAAGAUGGAAGAAAGGAUACAGAACUUUACGCCAUGA